CCCGCAGCUCUCCUCUUUCCCUUCUCUCAUCCACCGCCGCCGAAACCACAAGAAAGCCAGAGAAGAACCUCAGCUCCGCCCGCCGCAAUGACGACGCGCUUCAAGAAGAACCGCAAGAAGCGCGGCCACGUCUCCGCCGGGCACGGCCGUAUCGGCAAGCACCGCAAGCAUCCCGGAGGUCGCGGUAACGCAGGUGGCAUGCACCACCACCGGAUCCUCUUCGACAAGUACCAUCCGGGCUACUUCGGCAAGGUCGGCAUGCGCUACUUCCACAAGCUCCGCAACAGGUUCCACUGCCCCACCGUCAACGUCGAGCGCCUCUGGUCGAUGGUGCCGGCUGACAAGGCCGCCGAGGCCGCCGGUGCCCCCAACAAGGCGCCCGUCGUGGACGUGUCGCAGUUUGGCUACUUCAAGAUCCUCGGCAAGGGGAUGCUGCCGCCCAACACGCCCAUCGUCGUCAAGGCCAAGCUCAUCUCCAAGGUCGCUGAGAAGAAAAUUAAAGCGGCCGGCGGCGCUGUCUUGCUCACCGCCUAGGUAUGUAUGGUUGGCAGACUCGCGGAGAGGGAUGAGAAAGGAAUGCUCUUGGCCUGCUCGAAUCUAAGGGGCUAGUUUCUUAAUACUUCUGUUCAAAGACUUCGAUUUAGUUCUACCUUUUGUCAUCGAUGUUACUGUAUGGUAUGGCUACUUGGAUCUGUGGUGGGUUAUCAGAUGUUUUCAAUUCAAUGAUCAUGCUGGUUUAUAUAAGAUAUUUCAGAUAAUGUGCCUUGUUUA